UCUCUCUCUCUCUCUCUCUCUCUGUCUCUCUCUUUUCUUUCUUUCUUUGCCCUAAACAUAUCAGCUCAGAUCAUAUAUACAUACUAUAGAGGAUUCAAACACUGGGCUCUGUUUAGUUAAAUAUAGUUAAUUUUGGGACUUUAACCUGGAUUUAACACGGAUGAUGAACGGUUGCUCUGAAACGUCCUUUAAUGUCACGGAUUUUUCAAGGAAAACUUCGGUGUGGUUUUAACUGACAGCGGACACCAAGACCCGAGCUCACACCAAGACCCGAGCUCACACCAAGACCCGAGCUCACACCAAGACCCGAGCUCACACCAGGACCCGAGCUCACACCAGGACCCGAGCUCACACCAAGACCCGAGCUCACCACCAGGACCCGAGCUCACCACCAGGACCCGAGCUCACCACCAGGACCCGAGCUCACCACCAGGACCCGAGCUCACCACCAGGACCCGAGCGCACCACCAGGACCCGAGCGCACCACCAGGACCCGAGCGCACCACCAGGACCCGAGCGCACCACCAGGACCCGAGCGCACCACCAGGACCCGAGCGUACACCAAGACCCGAGCGCACACCAAGACCCGAGCGCACAUUAAAGCCGAGUGAAAUAUCGCGUGAUUUUAAAACUCCUUUAAGAAAACUACUUAGAACUUAGAACCUCAUCGUUCUCAUCAUGUCGGUUCUGUCGGUUGCGGAACUGAGUCGAAGCGGCCUGAACGGAGCGAUGACUGAGUUCCAGGAGAAGCUCAGGCAGCAGCAUGAAAACUCCAUGCACAAGGAGCUCGAGAAGCUUCUCUCCACUGCCAAGGGUGCAGAAGCUGAGGUCUCCAGAAAAGAUUUCGAGGGGUUCAAGCAGCUGUUCCACAGGUUCCUCCAGGUGAAGGGUCCCUCUGUGGAAUGGCCCAAGAUCAACAGACCUCCUGAGGACUCGAUCCAACCGUACGAGAGGAUCCGGGCGAAGUCGUUACCUCAGGGCGUCGCUGAGGGUCUGAACAAACUGGCGGUAGUGAAGCUGAACGGAGGUCUGGGCACCAGCAUGGGCUGUAAAGGCCCGAAGAGUCUGAUCAGCGUCCGCAAUGAGAACACCUUCCUGGACCUGACCGUGCGACAGAUAGAGCAUCUGAAUAAAACCUACAACGCUGACGUUCCUCUGGUUCUGAUGAACAGCUUUAACACGGAUGAAGACACCAAGAAGAUCCUGCAGAAAUACACUCACCACCGUGUCAAAAUACACACCUUUAACCAGAGCAGAUAUCCUCGGAUCAAUAAGGAGUCUUUGUUGCCAGUGGCGACUUACAUGGGUCUGACCGGGGAAAACUCUGAGGCGUGGUACCCUCCGGGUCACGGAGACAUCUACGCCAGCUUCUAUAACUCUGGCCUGCUGGAUCAGCUCAUCUCUGAGGGUAAGGAGUAUAUCUUCGUGUCCAACAUCGAUAACCUGGGUGCGACCGUGGACCUGCACAUCCUCAACCACCUAAUGAGCCAACCAGCCGACAGGCGCUGCGAGUUUGUAAUGGAGGUCACCGACAAGACCCGUGCUGACGUCAAGGGUGGGACUCUGAUUCAGUACGACAAUAAGCUCAGGCUGCUGGAGAUCGCCCAGGUUCCCAAAGCGCACGUCGACGAGUUCAAAUCCGUCACCAAGUUCAAGAUCUUCAACACCAACAACUUGUGGAUCAGCCUGCCUGCUAUCAAAAGGCUGCACGAUCAGAAAGCCAUGGACUUGGAGAUCAUCGUUAACCCCAAGACACUGGAUGGUGGUCUGAACGUGAUCCAGUUGGAAACAGCUGUCGGUGCUGCUAUCAAAAGCUUCGACAACGCUCUGGGCAUCAACGUCCCGCGCAGCCGCUUCCUUCCUGUUAAGACCACCUCCGACCUGCUGCUGGUCAUGUCCAACCUCUACACCAUGGACGCAGGCUCUCUCACCAUGAGCGAGAAGAGAGAGUUCCCCACCACGCCACAUGUCAAACUAGGCAGCUCCUUCACCAAGGUGCAGGACUUCCUGCGGAGGUUUGAGAGCAUCCCAGACAUGCUGGAGCUUGAUCACCUCACCGUGUCAGGAGACGUCACUUUCGGCAAGCAGGUCACACUGAAGGGCACAGUGAUCAUCAUCGCUAAUCACGGAGACCGGAUCGACAUUCCAGCCGGAGCGAUGCUGGAAAACAAGAUCGUCUCCGGGAACUUGCGCAUCCUGGACCACUGAGAAGACCACACACACACACACACACACACACACGCAAAAUUACGCAAUUCUUCCUGUCCUUUAUUCCAUCUGUGAUCAACCUCAGGCCUGCUACAGUAUACGUGUGUCUUCAUGAAUUUUAAGGCACUUGCGGCAUUAUACGUCCCUUGCACUUGUUUUGAAUGUAAACUGGUGAAGCUCUGCUGUUUGAGGUUGAUUUAUAGAUACGCUGAUUUAGACUGAACACACUUAUGUGACUAGUUACUGAUCCAGGAUCUGAUCCAGGAACACUUUAGAAUAAGAUGUGGAAUGCUGGACUCCAGCCAAGUUAUUAUGCAAACUUCUGCGUAUGUAAUCUGUUACAGGGACGUCCUACAUUUCAGAAAAUAAAGAGCAAUAUGCAAUUAUA